CUCAGCUCGGCUCGGCUCGGCUCUGCGGGGCGAGGAGGGGGCAUCACUUCUCUGAGUCUCCCCGCCACAUCGUUAUGGACCUAUUCGACUUUUUCAGGGACUGGGACUUAGAGCAGCAGUGUCACUAUGAGCAAGACCGGAGUGCACUUAAGCGGAAAGAAUGGGAGAGAAGAAACCAGGAAGUCCAGCAAGAUGAAGAUCUCUUUGCUUCAGGUUUUAACCUCUUUGGGGAACCCUACAAGACAAAUAAAGGCGAUGCCCUUGCAAACCGUGUCCAGAACACAUUGGGAAAUUAUGAUGAGAUGAAGGAUCUGUUAACCAACCACUCCAACCAGAGCCACCUUGUAGGAAUCCCAAAGAAUUCUGUCCCACAGACACCCAUUGACAAAAAUGAACAGAACUUUUUCCCAGAACCAAGGAACAGGAUGAUCCCAUCUCAUCAGAUCAGCGGCAACUCAUCAACAUCAAUGCCUCCACCUUCUUCAUUGUCAUCUAACUCUACUUUGCUACACAGCCACCAGAGCAGCAGGAAGUCAAGGACAGACUGGUCACGCAGUGGUCACAACCCCAGUGGGGCCCAACCAAGCCAAUCCAGUGGCCAGCAGAGUCGGACAAAGCACAGCUCUUCUCAUGACCAGUCACAGGGCAGGUAUGAAGAUCUCUAUAAUUGCCAGAGUGAGCAGCAUAAAAGUGGGGGAACUGAGGAAGCAAAUGCUAUGGCAACAUCUUCACAUUCGAGGAGGCACACUCAUGCAAAGUCAGCUCCUGGAGAACACACUUAUAAAGAAAACAGUCAUUCGAAGUCACCCACAGAGCUUGAGUUUGUAGGCCAUGGUCCUGGAUCUCCACUUCCUUCCACUUCUUUGUUAACUGCAAAUAAUGGUCUUUCAACUCAGAAUUUCCCACCAGGACUUCACUGUAAAAACAGCAUGGUCCAGCAGAAGCCUACGGCUUAUGUCAGGCCUAUGGAUGGUCAGGACCAGGUACCCAAUGACUCACCCGAACUGAAACCCCCAAUAGAAAUUGAAAGUGGAUAUGGAAAUCAGUCUUUUGGAACUCUGCUGGAAGGAAAAGUGAAUACACCUAGUUCGAAGAACAAAGUACCAAAGCUCAACAUUCCUCCUGUUAGUGAAGUUGCCCUUCCCAAUGAUUCCAGCUGUGUGGAAGAAAUACUGCGAGAGAUGACCCAUUCCUGGCCUCCUCCUCUUACUGCUAUUCACACUCCCGGCAAGGCUGAGCAGACCAAGUUUUCUAUCCCAAACAAGGACUCCCAACAUCUGACCUCAGGAUACAAUGUACAAAAGUGGAGUGAUCCAGCAGGGAAAGUUGCAACUAAGUCAGUGCCACAGAAGUCAAUGCUUGAGGAUGAUCUAAAACUCAGCAGUGAUGAAGAUGACAAUGAACAGAGAAUUGGUGUUCGUAGGUUCGUUUGUUCUCGAGCUGUAUCAACUGAAGCAGUUUUUACGGAGUUCUGCGGCGCUGAGAAGUUGAUCUCAAUCAGGGCUGUGCAUCAAGGAGAUCGCUUGCCGUGCCUCUCGCUGCCGCUCACGGGGUCUCUGCCGACACCGUGUGAGCCGUGCCGACCGCCGGCUUCACUCAGCACUUUUCUUCAUGCGGAGCGCCGAAAACAAGCAAAGCUGCUGCUGCUGCUGCC